AUGAUCAUGACCACCACAACAACGAUACCCGCUGCUUCAGCACCCCCCAGCAACUCACCUCUCCACAACAGCAACAACAAAUCUUCACCAUCACCCCCUCGCGCAGCAUCUCCAGUCUCUUCAGAUUCGGUCACAGGUCGCCAUCUCAUUUAUCGAGGGAUCAAAAAGAAAUCGAUGGAGUACAUGUCGAUCGCCCACUCUAGUCAGCACCCUUGUCUUGUCCACACUCUCAAGGGCGAGAUCCUGAUCUCUGGACUCGACCAACCGGGGUACAUCCAAUACUGCUUUGGCUUUGACAAGGACUGGAUGACCCGCAGAGUGACCCUCACAGCCAUGUUUGACGGCGGAUCUGAAAAGAGACUGACCCUUGAGGUGGAUCGAAAUCAACGGUGGUACAAGGUCACCGAGCAUCGUCUUUUGAGAUCCCGCAGCUUCUUUCGUUCAGGGGUUGCUUCUGCUGCACCUGGUGCUGACCACCACCAACGUCAACAUACCGAUGGAAUGCAGGAUGUAGAUGCCGCCUUUUCGGAUGCCGCCAGUUGCUGUUCUGCUUCGCCCCUAUCUCCCUCCGCUACUGCCUCGGACCAGGAUGUCGCAUGCUCGAUCCCUUUCGAGAAGAUCAAUCUGACCUGGACUCCACCCCCCAAGGGUUCCAAGAGAGCGUCGAAACGAUUCUCGUCCUUCAACCCGCUCAAGGAUGCCCUCUCACCAACUGAAUCGACCUUUCCAACAAACCUUCCUCUUCGGGCGAUGCCAUCAGGUGGCACAUCUUGUGCGACCACGCCUACAGCCAACAGCACAACAACAACAAUCACAUCUCCACUUUCGCCGCCAUCCCUCUCACGCUUUGCUAAAGCCAAUCCCGAUAUGUUCUCAGGAUCAUCGCCAGCAUCAGGAGGAGGAAGAGGAACGACCACGUAUGAACAUCUCCCCUGGCUGGACGGAUGUAUUGAUUUGGACCUGGGCAGCGACUUCAGUCCGAGCACGUUGCUUCCUUCACUCCGCCGUGCGACGUUGGGGAUUGAUCCGGACAAAGUGGAUGCACACCUUGAGGGAUUGAUCGCCAACCCGUCUGCUAUCACCUCAGAGCGGAUGGUGGUGGUGUCCUUUCCAGAUCUUGAGCUCCGACCCUUGUGGACUCAUGUGGCGUAUGUGGGCAAGGGCGAGGAUGGACUGAGUGUUGUUGAAGUCUGGACGGAUGAGGACGAUGAUGACAAGGACGGGACCUUGGUGGAAGUGGACUCUGACGGACUUGUUGUUCGAUAUGGCGGUUCCUUUGGGAGAAUCCCCCUUGAGGCUUGA